CCUCAAGAACAACAGCUAUCAAUCUACAUUGAUAAGAUUUAUACAUAUUUACUUAUAUUUCAUAAAAGAACAAUGGAAACGCUACUUUCCCGAAACGCUGUACCAAUCAUUGAUUUAGCUAAUUGCAAUAGGAGUGGUCUGACUGAUAUAAGCCAAAGUCUAGGAAAGGCUCUUUCUGAAAAGGGCUAUGCUCUGCUUAUUAACCAUGGAAUUUCCAAUGAAAAGAUAGAGACUUCCUGGCAAUAUUUUGAUAAAUUUUUAGAGCUACCUGAAACAGAAAAAGUAGCUUACGAACGUUCCAAGGCUUCGGAUGGAGAAAAUCAUGGAUAUGUGAGUCCUGGCAUGGAGAGAUUUGAUGGCAGGACUACAGAGUUUCGACAUGCUUAUAAUAUUUGCAAGCUAGAUGCUAAGCAUUUACCCGAAAAGCCAUUACAAGGAUUUACUAAAUUUAUUAACUCGUUAACUGAUGACUUUAACGUCUUGGGCCGAUUUAUCCUUGAAGCAUUAGCUUUAUCCUUGGAUGUUUCCCCCUUAUAUUUUCUGGACAAGCACUCGUAUAUGUUGUCAGAUGAUCGCUUUAAUUUAACAACCCUUCGAUUGCUUUAUUACCCACCAGUUGAUGAUACAAAUCCCUCAAAAGUAAUCCGUUGCGGUGCUCAUGCGGAUUAUUGUACUUUUACUCUGCUGGCCCAGGAUUCGGAGGGCGGAUUGGAGGUAAAGUUACGGGGAAGUGAAGAGUGGCAACGUGUUGGCCAUCUUCCGGGAGCACUGUUCAUAAAUUGCGGCGAAACUAUGGCUCUGUGGACAAAUCAGCGGUAUCAUGCUUUGCAACAUCGCGUGGUUGUUCCCGAGGAUGAGUCAUCCCGGAAAAGUGGGAGACACUCCAUAGCCUAUUUUUGUCAUCCUGAUAGUACAACUCUUAUAGAUCCAAAAGAGUUACAAAAUAAUGGACAUAAGUUACAAAAUGAGAAAGUAUACAAUGCAUAUGAAAUAACUAUGGCUUUGGCAAGAGGAGCUUAUAGUCACAAUUAUACUUAAGAGAAAAAAUAUAAUUAUUAUU